CGAAUGGCGAUGCCAUCGUUUCCCCGUAUUGUCUGCACAUGUUUGAGCAAACCUGCAGCGAAUACUGGGAAUUGGACGCAACCUCAAACAUGUUCGAUGACAGCCGCAUGCCGAUGCAUGGCGGAGGGAACGUCGCACACGCGACGCCAAACCAGUUUUCUGGCUCACAGUCAACGACGGGCAACUGGCGUGAACGGUUCGCAGUUCGCAGUUUGCAGCUUAUUCGAAAAUCGGUUAUCGGCUCGUCGAUGGUCGCUCGUUUGCUUUGGCGUGCCAUGCAUUGAAUUUGAAUUGAAAAUAAAAUUUUGCCAAAAAUUCAAAAUUUGUUUUUUCAAGCCAACAAAAAAGAACGCGAAGAAAUGCGACGCGACACGCGGCAAAAACUAACAGUCGAAUCAAUUUUAAAAUAAACAACCACAAACCAUAACAACAACAGCAACAACAACAAGAGCAAGAAAAUAAAAAUUGAAUAAUAACAACAAAUCACAAAAAGUGCUCAAAAAACAUAUUUUACGAUCCGCAAAGUGAAGAGAGAACUCGACUCUCGACUCAAAUCUCGGCUCGCAACACGCCCCCAAAACACAAACACAACACACACACUCAUACAGAUAUUAUGCUGAUGCACACCACAUCGACAACAUCGACCGCCACGAUGACCAACUCAUCCUCAUCGGCCACGCCCACACCGGGCUCAACAUCAUCGAACAACAGCGCCACACUUGAGACGCUGCAGCAGCAGCAGCAACAACAGCAACAGCAGCUGCAACAACAACUCCAGCAACUGCAGACAACAACAUCAGCAACAACCGCAAAUAACUCACGUCCACCUUCGCGAGCUCCCUCCAUCCUGGACAGUCCGACGCUGGCGCGCGUGGAACGCGCUCGUCUUCGUCUCGAGCAGCAGGAACGGGAGCGGGAACGCAGCAGCCAACGCUGCAGCCAAAUAGGCGGAGGCAGCGUCGGAGGCGGUGGCUGUGGCGGUGGUGGCAGCAGCAGCGGCACGGGCAGCACUGCAACAACCAUGAAUCGCGAGGAUAGCCUAGAGCGGAGCAUAUUGGAUCCCAAGAAAGACUCGGCGCCGUGGCAUCAAAUGUGGACGCAUAUGAAACGCCUCUCGCACGCCUCAAAAGUCAACUCGACGACCAGUCUGACAGCCCAGAAAACAGACGUGGGCGUUGGCCAUCAUCACCUGACAGCAGGCACAACAACAACAACACCAACACCAACAGCAACACAAACAGCUACACCAACAGCAGCGACAGCGACAACUAUUAAUGGUGGAACACCGAGAGGAACAAUGCCAGGCAAAUGCAUAUUAUUUCCGGAUAAGACGUCCUCCCUCAAAAGUUCCAUGUACACGCAACAGGUCUACUUCAGGCCCGAUAUGCAAUCUCUGCUGGCGGGUCGCAUUCCUGUGGCCUCCAUGACGGGUCCCAUUAAGCGUGGACUUCUCUGGCAGCAGCGGGAUCGUCUCUUCUCACGUUGGAAGGAGAGAUACUUUGUGCUCACCCGCGACUACUUGCAUUGCUUUAAACGUGCCUCGGGAUCCGCCAAUGAACGUGCCUCGGAUAUGGGUCAAUUCAUAUUUAAGGUCAAACUGGUGGACGUGGAGAAGGUGGAAUGGCUUAAUCGACGCUCGUACAGCGCCAUUGGGCUGCUGCUGGGACGCGAGGGUCGAGUGCUCUUGCGCUGUGACGAUGGCCUCGAGGAUUGGUUCGAGUUGCUGGAGGAAUGCGCGCUGACCUCCAAGGAGCGACGACGCGCUCUGAAGAUUGCUCAGGGUCCCAGAUCCAGGGCUUCUCUUGCGGCGCCCGUUUCGCAUGCUUCGCUACAGUUCCAACACUUUGGUCUAGGCAGCACCUACUCCAGCGCCCUCGAUGAUUGGCUGAUGACGAGUGGAGCCGGCGGUGGCGGUGGCUUAGCUCGUCACAAAAUUGGAGCUGGCAGCUUGAAUGGUUAUGCGGGUGCCAAUCCAUUCCUGUUCAGCGAUUCGGUGCCCGAUUUGAGUGCACUGAAUAAUGAGAAUCACAAUCAUCAUCUAAGCGGCAUCUCAACGAAUCACUCGACACCGCAAAAGAUACCGCACCACAGCAAUGCGAAUCUCAGCCGCUAUUCGAAUGGUUAUGCCUCCGCCCAGAAUAGUUUCACCCAGGCUGGCGGCGGUCUCUACGGCUCCCCUCGUCGUAUCUUCAUCAACAGCAGCUUUGGCUCGAAUCAGGUGGUGGAUGAGGAGACUGCCGAAGAGGCAGAGGUUCAACUACGCAGGCCACGACUCUUCCGUGGCAUCAGUGCCACGCCAGACAAUGGCAACGAGCUAGACAGAGAUUGGCUGUAUCGCAAACCGCGUGCGCCAACCGAUAUGCGCCAUUCAGUGCAACCCAUGCUGCCCACUCACAACUCGAACGGUGGCAGCAACGCUGGCCUGGCCAACAAAACGGAGUUGGACUGCUCGGCCCACGACAGCGGACUAGACACGCCCCCUUCAACACACCGCCCAUCGAGCUAUCGUGAGGCCGCCAGCAGGGAUAGCACCGAGACCAAUGGCAGCUCAUCGCGUGGCACGUUGCUGAACAACUCACCAGGCGGCAGCUUCCGUGCCAAGAAGCUGAGCCCUCAGGUGACCAAUUUGAAUCAGUUGAACUCAUUGCACGGAUCACGCUACUCUGUGCAGGAUCAGCGCAUACUAAAGAUGCGCAACAACGAGGAGGAUCGUUGUACCUCCAUCAAGCUGGCCAAUCGCCUCAAUCACAACAACGAGCAGCAGCAGCAGCCACAGCCACAGCAACAACAGAACUCCUCCGUCUAUGAUCCCAACCAGAAUCGCUACUAUAAGAAUGGCAAUGGCUCGUCGCCAAUUUCACUGACACCACAGCAUACGCCACAGCAUAAAAUGAUGCAUCUCGGCAAUGGCAAUGGCAACGGCACUUUAAAUGGUAACGGUGGAUCCGCCAUGAAUGGAUCGGCCAUAUUCCGAGAGCGUUAUCAGCAUCCAGCAUUGGCGGCCAUUAUCAACGAGGCACAGGGAUUGAAGUUUCGAGAAGAAACGGAGAAUAUGUGGUAAAUGAAAUAAAUCAAAUAUUGCAUGCAGCAUUCCUCCAAAACUUACCCAAGAUACCAAGAUCAAACACACUCCGAGCAUGGCAAAUCAGUAGUACCAAUGAUAUAUGUAUACACAUAUCUGAUAGAUAUGAAUUCCUCCUUAUAGAACGUGCCUAUUCGGAUAGCCAGCAACGUCGGCUGAACAACAACAACAACGGGCCAACUCCGGUGCCCGCCUCACCCUUGGCCCAAAGACGCAACAAUGUCCCCAUUUUUGGAACGCCAACGCGCGUAUAGCGUUUAAAAGUCUAAGCAAAUGAUAUGUGAGGUCAUAGAACACUUAAAUAUGCAUUACCAUUAGCAAAUAAGUAGCUAAAUGUUUAAGUGAAAUCAUUAAAAUAGUCAACGGAUAAUACUUGAAUAAAGAACAGAACAUAAGGGUAUCAUAUUUAGAAAUUAUUAGAUCAUUAAUUAAUGCAGCGACUUUAUUAAGCUUGGUUUCAUCACAAGAUGCCAGCUAAAUAUUAUAAUAAAUUUACAUAUAUGUAUUUAGACUAAAUAUGUAGCGUUAAUGUAAAACCAAUUCUCAAGUAGUUUUAGUGUGCUACUAUGUCCAGCUUUAUGUAAAAGGUUAAAAUAAAAUAUACAACGACCUCGUUCCGCAAAAUCGAUUGUAAAUCAAUUACAAAGAUUUUAUUAAGCUUCGUAAUAUGGUGAUGUUGAUUUAUAAUGGAAUUGAGAACGAGGAUGUAUUCAAAAGUCAAAUUUUGUUUUCAUAAUAUACACAUAUGUAUUUAUUUCAUCAAUAAAUGCGAUAAGAAAAUGGCAUCAACGUUGUUUCAAAUUUCUCAAGUAGCGCGCAAUGAAUAGUUACUCUUCUUCUUCGAUGUUGUUCAUUCACUGGUGCCAUGAACAUUGUGGUAGUUCAUUUUAAUUAUCGAAGAAGUUCGAUAUUUCAGAGCGCCAUGGUCAUGCUAUCGAUAUUUUCCAGUUAAGCGAUAUUGAAUUUCAUUUUUGAAAUCUAUUAUUUUGAAUAUUCCAAAUAAAAAUACGAAGUUAAAUUUAUGGAGUUUGUGUCCAGUGGUACUAAUGAUUUUAUAACAUAAUUAAAUUUGGUACUAUUCGCGGCUGUUUGAAAAAUUCGAAUAUACCAUAUAAAGUGUAACCAGACGUCAAUUAACGGCUUUUCUGUGAUUUGGUAUAUCUUCUCAGCGUUGAAACCCAUAUAUCACAAGAUUUUUCAUGGAGUAACAGUCUGACGCAUAUUUUGAAUAAAAAUGGUCAGAACUCGUAUCACAAGUGGAAUUCACCGGAUAAUAAUUAAUUAAUAAUAAAUUUUUAAUUGACCACUAUAUAAACAAAGAUUGCUAUAAAAAAUCGAUUGCAAAAACUUCGGUGUAUCGAUAGUGCCACCACUAAAAAACGAGGAAUAUCAGCUGGCGAUAUAUUGCGUGCGGUUUUCUAAAACGAACAAUAAUUAAGUAACUUUAACGAAGUAAUAAUUUUAAAAUAGUCUUGAAGUACAAAUAAA